AUGGCGGAGAUCCCAAACGCUGAGAACAGUCGUACUACAGUACCAACGAUAUACAGCAGUGCAAGUGACCCGUACAACAGUACAAGUGACCCGUACAGCGGUACAAGUGAGCCGUACAGCGGUACAAGUGACCCGUACAGCAGUACAAGUGACCCGUACAACAGUACAAGUGACCCGUACAGCGGUACAAGUGACCCGUACAGCAGUACAAGCAGCAGUACAAGUGACCCGUACAAUAGUACAGUAGUACAAGUGACCCGUACAUCUGUUCAAGUGACCCGUACAACAGUACAAGUGACCCGUACAGCGGUACAAGUGACCCGUACAGCAGUACAAGUGACCCGUACAGCAGUACAAGCAGCAGUACAAGUGACCCGUACAAUAGUACAAAAGACAAGUGAUGCGUUCAGAAAGACAAGUGAUGAGUUCAGAAAGACAAGUAAUGCGAUCAGAAAGACAAGUGAUGCGUUCAGAAAGACAAUGAUGCGUUCAGAAAGACCAGUGCACAGUGAAGUCCACAAGAAGGCUCGCUCCCUAUCACGCUUCCGUAGAGUCAGUCCCACAACCGGAAGUUGUCCCUUUGGCAUCCCUAGAUCCAAGUGCAAUGAGCAGCGAAAACUGCCCAGUAUUUAUAGGGGAAGCCAAAAGUCGGACAACUCCGCAGGUGGAAAUUCCUCAAGAACAAUGGUUGAUCCUGGCGACCCAACCAUAUCAAGAUUCUGUCAAAAUUAUACCGAUUUGGACACAAAAUGCAGAAUCUUGGCGCCAUUUGUUAUUGUGUAUGGGAUAAGUGCUGAUGGAUUGGGGAUGCACAUUCAGUGCAACGACCGUUGA